UGUCGGUCCUCCUCCUCCUCCUCUUCCUCCUCCCCCUCCUCCCCCUGCUCCUCCUGCUCCGAAACAGACAGGCAAAAGAAGGAGGAGGAGCAACGGACCUCAGUCAGCCGUGUACAGCAGCCCCGUCGAUCCGGAGGCUACACCGGCAGAAGCCCGCGGAGGAGGGAAGACCGACAUUGCGUUCCGGGUCGGCAGAGAGAGGAACAGUAGAGGAGGCGAGCGGAGAGGAUAAUUGUGUUUCUGGCUGCCCUGUGGGAACAUGGGAUAUAUGACCUCAUCAUUCACCUGCAAGGCUCUCGAGUAAACAACUCCAGAUAGAAUGACUGAAGUCGCUGUAGAAAGUGUCGGCGUCAUCCUAAUGACAUCAUGCAACGUUAACAGUGGCUCCUCCCCUUCACCAUGUCUACCCCUCAGUAACCAGAAGGAGGAAGAGGAGUGUCACAGGGACUGCAAGAAGCCGGAGCUGCAGCCACAGAAACACUGUAACCAGGUGCAACCAAAGAAAAAAGUUAAGGCCAAAGGAAAGUUGGUUCGGAGUACGGCAGUCUGCGAGGAGUCUCCCCCCGAAGAAAUCCAUAAGGCAUCUCUAGACACAAGCAUCUCAUCAUCUAGCUGCCAUGAAAAUGAGGGGAGUUUGUGUAAGGCGGACGACCAGGAGAAGAGCACAGACCCAAAGAAAAACUCAGUGUCCAAAGAGUCCAGCGUGGAGUACACUGACUCCACAGGCAUAGACUUGCACCAGUUCAUCGUCGAUACCCUCAACAGCAACCCCAGAGACCGCAUGAUGCUGCUUAAACUGGAGCAGGACAUGAUCGACUUCAUCAUCAGCAAUAGUUCCUUUAAGAAGUUCCCCCAUAUGUCGUCCUACCACCGUAUGCUGGUACAUCGAGUGGCGGCCUACUUUGGCAUGGAGCACAACGUAGACCAGACGGGCAAGUCUGUCAUCAUCAACACGACCAGCAGCACACGCAUACCAGAGCAGCGUUUUCUGGAUGAGGUGCACAAGGACAAGAGAGAAGACAUCCACCGAUGGAAGUCUAUUUUGAAGAGAGACAACAGCUCAGAUGACCAGGCACAGACGCGACUCCACCCUUUGCGAGAGAAGCAAAGCAAGUCGAUGGAGGAACGAGAGGAGGAGUACCAAAGAGUGCGAGACCGAAUCUUCAACCAGGAGGUGAGACGGCCGCUCUGCACCCAGGAGAGCACCCAUGCAGAAACCAGGGCUGUGGAGGAGUACAAUCCAUAUGCUGAGACCCAGAGGAAAAGGCAGCUCUUCAGGGGAAGCCGUGACAACUCGGGCUCCAGCUGGACAGGCAGCAGCAGACAGAGCAGCUUCGAGGCCGACUGUCGCUACGGCAGCGACCCCAGGCCAUGGAGCAGCACUGAUUCAGAUUCCUCCUACCAGUGGACAAGCCCCACCCCCAAAGCCCGGCAGGCUGCCAACAACAGCUGGGACACACGAGGCUCCAUCUCUGUUUUCAGAUUGCCAUCCACUUGCCCCCACCCGUCUUCCCCUCCCAUCAUAGAAGAAUCUGCUCCUAACUCCACCUACAUUAUGGACAAUGGCAUCCCACCAGGAAGCAUAUUAAUGAACCCACAUACUGGGCAGCCUUUUCUGAACCCUGAUGGAACCCCUGCUGUGUACAACCCUCCAGACACUCAGCAGCCAAUCAGGAGCCAGACGCAGCUGCAGGGCUCUGCUAAUCCUCCUCAGCAGCAGCAACAGCAGCAGCAGCAGCAGGUGCUUCAGUACUCAUCUGUCUCGUAUACAGCCCCACAGAUGUUGCCUGUCACUCCCUCACAGCCGUAUUCUGCAGUUGAAGACCUCUCCACUCAGUUCGCUAAUGUGACCAUGAGCUGUCAAUCCACAGGGGAGGCCCCGCCCCUUUACCCUCCCACUCAGAGUUAUAUCUAUGCAGCUCCGCCCCCUCCUCCACCACCACCCAACCUGCCCAGCUACUGCCAGCCUUCACCACAGGUGCCUGUAUAUUUCUAUGGCCAGUAUCCUACCUCAGCUCAGCACCCCUGCAGACCUGUGUCCCCAAGCCAGCAGAUCCACAGCCAGACAGCACAACCGACAGCAGGUUACACCCCUGCUGUGGGGGUGCAGCAGUCUUCCCACACCCAAACACAGGCUGUGCUGGGGACCUACUCACCAAUGACCUCUCAUCAGUGUAGCAUGGUUCAGGGAGGAGUAUCUGUGUCCUAUCCCCAAAGUAAAGUUCUGGCUGGGGUUGGUGGGGAGGCGAGUUACUGCUGCGUGGUGCCUCCACCCUCCCACCACGGCAGCUGCCAUCCUCCCAGCUGCACCAACCUCAGUGCCCCGGCCUGGAGCGCGCAGUACUGACGACGCACAAACACCGUUCCUGUGUGACCACACUCACUUCUUACACAAACACCUUUUUUCACACUUGCUCACUCCCCUCACCCUCCUGAUGAUACCGUUCACACAUUCUGAGCAUGUGACCACGUACACACACACACACACACACAUACACACAUAUAUACACACACUUGAACACAACACACACCCUCUGUACCAAAGCUUAAUAGUAUAUUAUAAGAGCUGCUGUAUUGAAUGCAUAAUUUAUAUACACAAAUGGAGUUUUAUAUUGAUAUUAAAUUAUAUAUUGUGUUUUAAGGAAAUGCACUGUGUGAAUAGAAUAAAAUCUGUGGCUGGAUUGACAAGGUCACAUUUCUAUACGA